GCAGGGCUGGGCUCGGGCUGCGGGGCGGCGCCGGGACAGGAAGCGGAAAGCAGCAGUGCAGCGGCGGCGGCGGCGGCGGGGCUCUGCUUCUACAGCAGCCCAGCCCAGCGCAGGCCGCAGAGCCGGGCCGCCGUGAGCCGAGACCGCGGGCCGGCGGAGCCCGGCCGGCCGGCGCGGAGAACUGACUGCUAUUGAAGAGUGGCUGGCCUCCGACUCCCAGACUCCGCCAGGUGCGAUUCUCUACCUGCUUCCUCAUCAAGAGCCGGCUCUGCACUGCUAUGGAUACCGAAUCCACUUAUUCUGGAUAUUCUUACUAUUCCAGUCAUUCGAAAAAAUCUCACAGACAGGGAGAGAGAACCAGAGAGAGACACAAAUCACCCCGGAAUAAAGAUGGCAGGGGGUCAGAAAAAUCUGUCACCAUCCAAGCUCCCACUGGGGAGCCCCUGUUGGCAAAUGACUCCACGCGCACAGAGGAAGUCCAGGAUGACAACUGGGGAGAGACCACCACGGCCAUCACAGGCACCUCAGAGCACAGCAUCUCCCAGGAGGACAUCGCCAGGAUCAGCAAGGACAUGGAGGACAGCGUGGGGCUGGACUGCCAGCGCUACCUGGGCCUCACGGUGGCCUCGGUCUUGGGACUCCUGGUGUUCCUCACGCCCAUCGCCUUCAUCCUGCUGCCCCCGAUCCUGUGGCGGGAGGAGCUGGAGCCUUGUGGCACCAUCUGCGAGGGGCUCUUCAUCUCCAUGGCGUUCAAACUGCUCAUUCUGCUCAUCGGGACCUGGGCGCUCUUCUUCCGCAGACAGAGGGCCGACGUGCCCCGGGUGUUUGUGUUCCGUGCCCUUCUGCUGGUCCUCAUCUUCCUGUUCGUGGUUUCCUAUUGGCUGUUUUACGGGGUCCGCAUCCUGGACUCGCGGGACCGCAACUACCAGGGCAUCGUGCAAUACGCAGUGUCCCUCGUGGACGCCCUCCUCUUCAUCCACUACCUGGCCAUCGUCCUGCUGGAGCUGAGGCAGCUGCAGCCCAUGUUCACGCUGCAGGUGGUCCGCUCCACCGAUGGCGAGUCCCGCUUCUACAGCCUGGGCCACCUGAGCAUCCAGCGAGCGGCUUUGGUGGUGCUGGAAAAUUACUACAAAGAUUUCACCAUCUACAACCCGAACCUCCUGACGGCCUCCAAGUUCCGAGCGGCCAAGCACAUGGCCGGCCUGAAAGUCUACAACGUGGAUGGCCCCAGCAACAAUGCCACUGGCCAGUCACGAGCCAUGAUCGCCGCAGCUGCCCGGCGCCGGGACUCGAGCCACAACGAGCUGUACUACGAAGAGGCUGAACACGAGCGGCGGGUGAAGAAGCGGAGAGCGAGGCUGGUGGUCGCCGUGGAAGAGGCCUUCAUCCACAUCCAGCGUCUGCAGGCCGAGGAGCAGCAGAAAGCGCCGGGGGAGGUGAUGGACCCCAGGGAGGCCGCGCAGGCCAUCUUCCCCUCCAUGGCCAGGGCUCUGCAGAAGUACCUGCGCACCACCCGGCAGCAGCACUACCACAGCAUGGAGAGCAUCCUGCAGCACCUGGCCUUCUGCAUCACCCACGGCAUGACCCCCAAGGCCUUCCUGGAACGGUACCUCAGUGCAGGCCCCACCCUGCAGUACGACAAGGAGCGCUGGCUGUCGACACAGUGGAGACUGGUCAGCGAGGAGGCUGUGACCAGCGGGCUGCGAGACGGACUCGUGUUUGUCCUCAAGUGCUUGGACUUCAGUCUCAUAGUCAAUGUGAAGAAAAUCCCGUUCAUCGUGCUCUCGGAAGAGUUCAUAGACCCCAAGUCCCACAAAUUCGUCCUGCGCUUACAGUCGGAGACGUCGGUUUGAGAGUUCUAUAUUUGUGGCUUUAUAAAAAGAAGAAUAUAUAGAGAUCUAUCUAUCUAUCUAUGUGUAUACCGAGGGGUGUCUGUUGAGUUGUCUGUUCUGUUCUCUCCGUGGCUGACUGAAGCUGGCAGGUGAUGGACCAGCCUCCUUUUUGACCAUCAGCACUUUAUUUGGAAGAAAGCAGGGGAGGUCUACUCGGAGGAAGGGGACACCAGACUUUCUAGAAGGGACUUCUACGAAGCCGUUCCCCGGAGCGUCUGUGACAGCUGUAACCAAAGCGGAGCCGCUGUGUUCCGGGAGCCUCGCCUUACGACGACCCAGCCCCUGCUCCCGGCCGGUCCCCCUCGGAGGCUUCCAGGGGACGCACUGUUAGUCUGUUUCAGGAUCCCAGGCCCUACACGUCCGUGUGUGUGUGUGUGUGUGUGUGUGUGUCAGACCGUCCAGUACCACGUCCCCCACGGAAGCCAUGGGCGGUUCAGGGGAUGCCUAUUUCACCUCUGCUCGCUGUUGCCUUAGAUUCCUCAGAGAAAGAUCCCACGACAAAAACGUGCACUCUCAGUUUACAGCUAUUAAGGGAUCUGCUUGUAGGGUUUUUUUUUUUCUCCCUUAAAGAGAUAACCUAUCUGCCCUCUUUCUGACCCUGCUCUUCUCCUGGCCUCAAGCAGCCAGGCCUUGCCCAGUCCUGGAGUUCUGCACUGACUCUCCCUCCCCCACCUGCCAGGCAGCCCUGGCCACCCAGGCUCGUCCCUGCAGACCUGCACUCUGUGUGUGCGAUCCAGCUGUUGGCAUAGCCUGGGGCGGUUCCCCAGGUUGUCCCCCUAGCAAAGUGUGGGGUGUCCACCAGGUAGAUGGCAGGAGAGCAGGGCAGCUGGAAUGCCCCUUGGAGGCUGCAGCAGGAGCCCUACCCCACCCAAUCCUCCCCACUGCUCCCCACCGCCCAGGGAAAGACUAACACUGUGACCCCAGGCCUGGCAGGGGCAGCUUGGAGCCCUCGCAGUUCCUGGGGGACAUAAGACCCCUGAAAGCACAUUACCAGGCUGCCCUGCCAAGGGAGACCAGACAGUGCCGGCCACACUGGCAACUGCUGCUGUCCAGGCCCUGUGUUUUCUGACCAGCGUCACUGUGCAAUCCAUCACCUCGGCCUCCUACUCCCCAGAAAGGGGCUUGUUUAGCUCCUGAGGUGCAAAUAACACUGUGUUGUUGGUCCAGUGGGGAGAAGGGAAAGGAGAGAAGAGGGAGCCCAUCUUCAGGGCUGACCUCUGUGUCUUACACGCAGCUGAGUGCAAUGCAGUGGGCUUCCUCACCCCCGCCCCAGCCCCAGCUGCCCGGGGAAGCAGGUGCUGACUCCUCCCACCCGAGGGAGCCUGCUGCAGGGGAAGCUCCUUGCAGCCAGCUUGCAGUGAGCUGUCUUCGCCUCCGUUUGCCCUCCUGUGACCGCUGCAGACCCAUACAAAGUAUUUCCUCUAGCUUUCCCCAGGGACUGAGGCCUCUCAGUCCCCUCACCCGAGCAAAGGAUGACACUGUCCAAAUGUUCUUUAUCUGUGUGCACGUACCCUCAUGUGGUCCAUGAGCGGGAUGGUAUUUUGCGCGUCAGUUCCUCAGUCAGAAUUGACUGUGAAUGUUUGCAAUGCACCUGUACCUGAAGAAAGUAAAGCACAUUCCCGAACCAGCAGCCUUCCGCUGCAGAAGCUGUGUUGAAGAAGAAGGAAGGGGCAACCCAGGCAGGUGGCGGCGUGGAGCCAAGAUGGACUUUGAGAGGCACCUGCUGUGUAACCCUGGUGCUUUCCUUCUUAGCUUCUGCCUUUGGGUCCCUUCAACUGGAAGUUCCUUAUGACGUCUUUCUCAGGAAAUUUUUGGGGAGAUAGCGUGCAGGAUGGUGAAGCUGCGUGAGACCUCGGCUGUGUCCAGGUGGGGCAGAGGCUUCUGCGUCAUAAGGAUGGUGCCCCUGAAAAGGCCACACAUGGAUGCACAUUCAGAUGACAAUGACACUACUGCUCAGCAUUCCGAAUCCCUGUGCUUCCCACCCUGCCCUCAGUGGCCAUCCCAAAGGGGUGAAGUUGGAUUCAUGUGCUUUGGUGUGUACAUUCCCAGCAGGGUGAAGAAAGGUUUAAAUUAAGGAAAAUUUAUUUUCUCCCUCUCGCGGUCUUUGCAUAGGGGAAUGUCAGACUUUCUGAAAUUAUUGUUUCUGUUUUAAAUUGAGUAUCGAUUUUUUUAUGCUGACUUUGUAUUGGGUCCUUUUUGAAAGAAAAACAAAAUAAAAUGCAAGAACUUUGUAAAGCCUU